AUGACUGAUGAACUGAAGAUCAAACUGGAGCCCUUACAGAAGAAGCUGGUCAACUUUAAACAAGUUAAAACAACCAGUGAUACAACUGCCCAACAUAUGAGAGUCCAGACCCAACACACAGAGAGGCAGAUCAAGGAGGAGUUUAAGAAGCUUCACCAGUUUCUACGAGAUGAAGAGGCAGCCAGGUUAGCUGCACUGAGGGAGGAAGAGGAGCAGAAGAGUCAGAUGAUGAAGGAGAAGAUUGAGAAGAUGAGCAGAGAGAUCUCCUCUCUUUCAGACACAAUCAGAGCCAUAGAGGAGGAGAUGGGAGCUGAUGACAUCAUAUUCCUGCAGGUAGGACCCAUGCUUAUGGAGAGAGCCCAGUGCACACUGCAGGAUCCAGAGAGGGUUUCAGGAGCUCUGAUCAAUGUGGCAAAACACCUGGGCAACCUGAAGUUCAGAGUCUGGGAGAAGAUGCAAGAGAUUGUUCAAUACACUCCUGUGACUCUGGAUCCCAACACUGCACACCCAAAACUCAUCCUGUCUGAGGAUCUGACCAGUGUGAGAUACAGUAAUGAGACACAGCAGCUUCCUGAUAACCCAGAGAGAUUUGAUGAGUAUACCUGUGUUCUGGGCUCUGAGGGCUUUAACUCAGGGACACACUGCUGGGAUGUGGAGGUUGGGGACAGAGAUAAUUGGUUCAUGGGAGUGAAGACAGAGUCUAGUCAGAGGAAGGGAGGGAGUUUCAUCUGUGGAGUCUGGCGUGUGUAUCAACAUGAUGGUGAAUAUAAAGCAUACUCUCCAUCCCACCCACUCACUAUCCUCACAGUGAAGCAGAAACCCCAGAGGAUCAGAGUGCAGCUGGACUGGGACAGAGGAAAGCUGUCAUUCUCUGACCCUGAUAAUAAUACACACCUACACACUUUCACACACACUUUCACUGAGAGAGUCUUUCCAUUCUUUAACACUAAGUCAUCUCUGAUGAUCUUACCAGUGAAGGCUGCAGUAACAGUAGAGCAGCUCAGUUAGAGUUCAGACACCUGCUGCAGUUCAUCUCCUGCAGGAGGGAAACACUGAACACUGAUGAUCAGGCAACAUUUUUAUUUUUGCUAUUUGUUCUGGCAACACAAUUUAUUCACAUAGAAAAAUGCAUUGGUGAUAUACAUGCCAAUGAUUCAUCUGAAGUUGUGGUGGUUAUUAUAUUUCAUAGUUAUUGUAUUUUCAUGGGGAGUAAUCUGGUCAAUUCAGCACUUAAUUCUGAUGAUUGGUUAUGGAAAAUACUCCUUAUUUAUUUUACUUUUCAUGAAAUGACUAGUUUUCAGAAACUCUACCAUGAUGGGCACCUGUUGCCUAAUAACCUGAUAUCUUCAUGCCUGAACUGCUGUGGAGAUGAGUCUAUAAUGAUGAUUGGCUCAAAGAUUAU